AUGUUCAGAGUAGGACGCAAGAUUCACCAGGUGUGUCCACAGCCAGAAGUCAAGCAGCGGCACUUGCAGACAUUGUCGACUCAGACCAGUUGCCGCGAUAACUUUUACUGGAUACUUUGCGAGGGCUCGCCCAACUCGAUGCCCUGCGUCGACUUGACUCCAUCGUUGCAAGAAGUCGUUGUCAAGACAUUCGAGCUCCAGUCAAAGUCCAAGACGGACCUCACCAAGCAGCUCGAGGAGCUCAAGACGGAGCUGCUCAACCUCCGCGUCCAGAAGGUCGCCGGUGGUUCGUCGAGCAAGAUCCUGCGCAUCAACUCGCUGCGCAAGGACAUCGCCCGCGUGCUCACGGUCAUGAACCAGAAGCAGCGUGCCAACCUGCGCGAGUUCUACAAGGGCAAGAGCCAGAUCCCCCUCGACCUGCGUGCCAAGAAGACCCGUGCUAUCCGCCGCAAGCUCAACCAGCACGAGCGCACGCGCAUCACCGAGCGUCAGCACAAGCGUGAGAUCCACUUUGCCAACCGCAAGUACGUUCUCAAGGCAUAA